UAUUUUUUCCACGUUAUGCCAUCUGUGGACAUAACCGAAGAUCAUAGAAUUCACGUGUAAUAACCUUUAAAAUAACUAUACCAAUAAAUAGCCUUCACAUGGGCGCGUUUCUACACCGAUUUUCUAUUCCAUCGGCUCGCGCACGAAAUCACCGGGCUCAGUUCGGUCCGGUUCCUUCAGAUAGGAAGAAAUACACCAGACUCUUAUGAAAGAGGACGACGGGAGGACUGACUUGAUGAUGCACACCUAUAGUGGGAUUACUGUCUGGGACAAUUAUAAAAGAAUACAUUUCGGUCACCUGAUCCCGGAGCAACAGUAAAGUCGCCGUGACUGGAUUUACAAUGCUGAAAUGAAGAGAUCUGCUUGCUUUUAGUGACGGUGAGGACACGUUUAGCCAAGACAGUAACCCUUGGAUUCUUUCUUUCUUUAGAUUUCCCCAAAAUCUAAUUAAAAAUCCAGUCGGAGAUUUUGUCUGACGCGCUUUCGUUACGCGCUCGCGCUUCCAAAACGAGAAGACCGAGCAGAUUACAGUGCGCGUUAUUCAAUCUCCACUUAUUCACAGAGACAUUUACUCUCCGGGGGACAAUUCAAAUGCUUUUUAGUACAACAGAACAAUCUUGUUAGAAGACAACUGACAGAACCCAGGUGAUCUGAAGUGAACUGUCCGAGCCACUGCGGGAACAGUGACCCUGAGGGAAGUGAAGAUAUUUUUAAACACCGCCUGGAAUGGCUCAGACAAGGCGACACAAGGCACAUGGAAGACAUUAUUCCUCUCUCCUUUCUCAACCCAGAAUAACGAGGGCUCGCGGUGAAUGGAACAGAAUCAGAGCAGUGCGCUCCAGGGACAAAUCAGAGCAACGCAGUGCAAAUCCUAAUCAAUAGACCUCAUCGAUGAGUUCGUAUAUAAGGCUAAUGAUUGUGCUUGGACACGCUUACUUAAUCAUGCUGGAGGGAAAACGUUGCGCAACUGGGAGGAAAACCAGCAGCUUGUUAAAGUAACUGAAUGAUUUGCCAGUUUGUUAUAUUAGGUUUGUUUUCUCGGCGCAAUUGAAUAAAAAUCUAACCAUGUCAUACGGAUUUGGAUACUGGAACAUAGGACACCAUUUCAUGGCUUUGCAAAGACUAGUGGAAUUAUGGGGUGACUUCUGCUGUUUGUGAAAAAGCCAUGGAUGUAAAUUUCUCAUCGGUUCUUGACAGCAGUUUAGUGCGGCAUAAUUCGUCAAAGCGUGUUCUGACUGGCUGCUUUCUUUCUCUUCUCAUCCUGACCACUCUCCUGGGGAACACACUGGUCUGUGCUGCUGUCACAAAAUUUCGCCAUCUGCGUUCCAAAGUCACUAACUUCUUUGUUAUAUCAUUGGCUAUUUCGGACCUACUGGUGGCCAUUUUGGUGAUGCCGUGGAAGGCGGCUACUGAAAUUGUGGGAUUCUGGCCUUUUGGUGCUUUCUGCGAUAUCUGGGUGGCAUUUGACAUCAUGUGCUCCACUGCUUCCAUCCUGAACCUGUGUGUCAUUAGUGUGGACCGGUACUGGGCCAUUUCGAGCCCGUUUCGUUACGAGCGCAAAAUGACACCCAAGGUGGCGUUCAUCAUGAUCAGUGUGGCGUGGACCUUGUCUGUUCUUAUCUCCUUCAUCCCUGUACAGCUAAACUGGCACAAAGCACAAAGUGCAGGUUACAAUAAUCUCAAUACCACCUACGCUGAUGUUCCUCCAGACAACUGUGAUUCUAGUCUUAAUCGAACGUAUGCCAUUUCCUCUUCUCUCAUCAGUUUCUACAUUCCAGUAGCCAUCAUGAUUGUCACCUACACCCGCAUCUACCGCAUUGCCCAGAAGCAAAUCCGCAGGAUAUCUGCCCUGGAGCGUGCAGCAGAGAGUGCCAAAAAUCGCCACAGCCGCAGGGGCAACAGCAGCAGCAUAGAGUCUGAAAGCUCUUUUAAGAUUUCCUUUAAGCGUGAAACCAAAGUCCUCAAAACACUGUCGGUGAUUAUGGGGGUAUUUGUGUGCUGCUGGCUGCCCUUCUUCAUCCUCAACUGCAUGGUGCCUUUCUGCGAGCCCAAUGAAAGUGUGGACUUCCCGUGCAUUAACCCAACUACCUUUGACGUCUUCGUCUGGUUUGGCUGGGCUAACUCCUCACUCAAUCCUAUCAUCUAUGCGUUCAAUGCUGACUUCCGUAAAGCGUUUUCUACUCUUCUAGGCUGCCAACAUCUCUGUCCUGGCAGCAACUCUAUUGAAAUUGUGAGCAUCAACAACAAUGGAGCAUCCAGACAUGGCUCACACUAUCAGCCUAAGGGCCACAUCCCUAAAGGUGGUAGCAACAGCAGCUGUGUGAUCCCUCACAGCAUACUAGGCCAGAAUGAGGAUCUUCAGAAGAAGGAAGAGAAUACUCGGUUUAAGACCUUGGAGAAGUUCUCCCCCUACAUGUCAGACAACCUGGACAGUGAUGCUGACAUUUCCCUGGAAAAGAUUAACCCUAUCACACAGAAUGGGCAGCUCAAAUUCAUACCUUGCUGAACUUUAGGUAUUAUGAGCACAGAUUAAAACUAUUGAGUAACUAUACUAUUAAAAAACCCACUGUUUUUCAUGCUGGACUAAAUUACAAGCUACGCCGUAUUCAAAGAAUGUUUUGUUUGGAAGCACUUUAUCUGAAAAACUCUCUGCAAAAUACUGACAGCAUAUGUUGUCAACAUUAACAGGUUAGUUAUAUGUUAAAUAACUCCAAUAAAAAUGCAUUCAUACAUUUGCAUUUUAACGGUGUUCAUGUUUGCGUGUUUGUUCAUUUGUUACAGAAAUACUAUUCUAGGUGAAACAUAGACAAAUAGAAAAGAAACAGGUGAAGGUUGUUUUUUUUUUUUUUACAUGAAUAUGUUCACAAGUAGUGAUUUCCAUGUAUUUCCUGUCAGCAGUACUGUUUCUGUUAGUAGUGUUUCUAUUUUUUACUGUGUUUCAGUGUUGGCUUAGACAGCCAUUCCACAUGCUGCUAGUAAUUUUACUUGUAUUUCAAUGUAUUUGCUAAAAUCUUUAAAUUAGAUCAACGGUAUCACAUCUCUCUGUGACAUCAGCUGGAGGAAACAAAGAUUAUUUUUGUGAAUUGAAUUUGAAUAAUCAGCCAGAAAUUGUGGUGUAAAAUGGUGUAAAAUUCAGUUCAGCAAUAAACACAAUUAUUUUUCCUUUAUUGCACUUUUCCUUUGCAUCCCCAGUGCAGUAAUAUUGAACAGUCCUACAGUCCAAAGACAUGCUUCUAGACUGAUUGGAGUCUCUUAAUUCCCCGUGACCCGAGGAUAGAUCGGAUAAGCGGUAGAGACAAUGAAAUGAAAUAAUAAUAAUAAUAUUCACCUUAUAAUCAAUGCAGGACAAAAAUUAUUUGCACAUUGAGAUUGAAGACAGAAGAGGAAUUCUGUAUUGUAUUGUGUUCAAGCCCUGGACAAAUACACACAGACAGUUCUGGAUCUCUGUUGGUUUUCCAGGAUCAUGGGUAACCUUGCUUACAUUGAAAUGUAAUACAUGCCUAAGAAACAACAGAUUCACAGAUUCACAGAAAUGGGAGUCUGUGUAUGCAUCUUUUCAGUCUCAGCGCUGCCAUUUCUUUACUGCUCUUACACUCUGAAAGUGCCUGAAGCUGGAUUCUGAAGAGCUGUUAGAGGUUACAGGUGUACUGCAGUUCAUACCUAUGAUUUCUCAUAAUCUUGCAAACAGAAAUGUAACAGCCUAAAUAUAUAUAUAUAAACAAUAUGGUGUUUUUAACUAUCCUAUAAAAUAUUUUCACAAAUAUCUCUGGCAUGUGUGGGCAAAAGGCUUUUCAGAAGGACACAGGGAAGCAAGGUAGUUAAAUAUGCAUAUGACUAAAUAAGGUCAUGUUGUUAUAGUUGUGCCAGCUCUCCACUUAACUGUCUGGAGCUUCAUCUGAACAAGUUUUAGACAUUUAGACCAACUGUAUAGUUUGCAGAUAUUCAAGGGGAUAAGAGGCUGUGGUAGAAUUACAGCCUUUGUAGGCAUAAAAAAUAUCAUUCAAACACAGCACUUUACAACUUAAUUUCAGUAAAAAAAAAAAAUGGUCAAGGAUUUUAUAAUUUAUUCUACAGUUCCUGGUUAUCAGGAUACAGUGUUGUGUAUAACAAUCCACAUUCAACUGUAUUUUAAUAUCUGAAUUUCUGUAAAACUGCUUGGUGACACAUGCUAAGAGGACUAUUUGAAACAGAACUGAAUAAAUUGCAAUAAUGUUUUGUGUCAGAUUUAAAGAACACUGUUGCGAAAAGAGAGAAGUGUAAUGGCAAUGGGGCAAUUAGUUUACUAAGACCGCUUUCAUUUCGUUAAACAGCCAGAUUAGCAUUUCAGAUUAACCAGGGUGGCAUUUAAACAAGUCCCAGCUGCCAUUCCAGCUAAUGCUAACGUGUCUUAAUCGAGACUCCGAGGACCAUUUUUCAGAUUAAUUUAAUUAGGUGUGAAUACAUUACAGAAGAAAAGUUUUCGUUUUUUUCUUGCCAUUUCUGUUUCCUAUUUUAAAGAAGCCUGGCCUCAUUGGCACCAGCGCAGAAUUUUCUUAUCUUUUUCUUAUUUCUUUCUCCAUUAAAGUUUCAAAGUUCUUUUUCUUUUGUUUUUUGCCUUCGUGUGCUAUUUCAUAACCAGCUAGUGCCACAGCAAACUGUAAAUGUAAACUAAAUGGGUGUAAAAAUGUACAAAUAUACAAAAGCAGGUGUAAACACAAUAGCUUUUUAU